AUGUGGAAUAACUUCCCUGAAGAUCCACAGUUUGAGGAAGAUGUGCGGCAAGCUGAAAUCGCUAUUGAAGCAAAUAUAUUUCCUGAAAGGAUAUAUCAAGGGUCGAGUGGCAGUUACUUUGUGAAAAAUAAAGAUAAUAAAACCAUUGGUGUAUUUAAACCUAAAGAUGAAGAGCCUUAUGGUCAAUUAAAUCCAAAAUGGACAAAGUGGAUGCAGAAACUUUGCUGCCCAUGUUGUUUUGGAAGAUCUUGUUUAGUUUUAAAUCAGGGGUAUUUAUCAGAGGCUGGUGCCAGCCUUGUUGACCAAAAACUUUUUCUUAAUAUUGUACCAAAAACAAAAGUAGUUAAAUUAGCUAGUAAAACAUUUAAUUAUAAUGCGUUCGACAGAACAAAGGCUAGUGCCAAGCAAAAUCUUUAUGAGAAUGUACCAGCUGUAGGAAAACAUUUUAAACGAUUAGGAUUACCUCCAAAGGUGGGAUCAUUCCAGCUAUUUGUCAAUGGCUAUAAAGAUGCUGAUUUUUGGUUACGUAGAUUUGAAAGUGAAGCUUUACCAGAGUCUACUGCUAGGAAAUUUCAGCAUUUAUUUGAACGAUUAGUAGUAUUAGAUUACAUCAUUAGAAAUACAGAUAGAGGUAAUGAUAAUUGGUUGAUAAAAUAUGAACCAGCUUGUGCAGACCAGGGAGAUGAAUGGUCUAUGGUAGAACAUCCUGAAAUUAGUCUAGCUGCAAUUGAUAAUGGUUUAGCAUUUCCUUACAAACAUCCUGAUGAAUGGAGAGCAUAUCCAUAUCAUUGGGCAUGGCUACCUCAAGCUAAAAUUCCAUUUUCUGAUGAAAUUAAAGAACUUGUAUUGCCUCAAAUUAAUGAUAUGAAUUUUGUACAAGAUUUAUGUGAAGAUUUAUAUGAACUAUUUAAAACUGAUAAAGGGUUUGAUAGAGCAACAUUUGGUAAACAAAUGGCUGUGAUGAGAGGACAGAUAUUAAAUCUGUCACAAGCUUUAAAAGAUGGUAAAUCGCCAGUAGAAUUAGUACAGAUGCGUGGUGUAACUGUUGAGCGUACUAAAGGAGGGUUUGGUAGAAUACGCAGUGAUAGUGACACUUUUACACAGAGUGUAUCUAGUCGUAACCCAUUCUUCUCUUGGUGCUGA